AUGUCCUUCCCGCCUCCUCCAGGUCUCAAACAGACUCCUUCGUCACUUCCACCGCGGCCACCUCCAUCUUCCAACGCCGCGCAGCCACCGUCAAGCAAUGGCGGCAAACCUCGCCCGGGCUAUAAUGCGUUCACUGCAUUCCAGCCGCGCACUGUCGCUGCUAGCCAGCCGUAUCGCACCAACAGCCCGGUAGUCUCGGCUCCCGCGGCACCCGCUGCGUAUGCGGCGCCUGCUAGCUACAACACCCACUAUCAACAACCACCCCAGACAUAUCAGAGCGGGCCCUCUUACUACGGACAGCCUCAAUACGCCGAGCCUACGUACGGUCCCACCGUUCCACAUAUCCCCAAUCCAUUCGGGUCCACACCAACCCCGACCUCGGGAUAUUCACGAAAUGGUCGCGAUGCGGGCUUCGACCCCGAGACCGAGGCCCAAAUCGCGCAAUGGCAAAGCGCUUACUCCAACCCGACCGAUGACUCUGCCGGUAAACGCCAAGGUACCCAACCUGGAUCAGGGGUGAACACAGGUGCCGGAACUCCCACCGUCGGUACCAGUACUCCUGUCCCGCCAACUGAAUCUCAGAAAACCGUUGUUCGAUCGGGUGGCGGAGAAACAUGGACCGAUACGUCGCUGUUAGAAUGGGAUCCGGCCCAUUUCCGCCUCUUUGUUGGUAACUUGGCAGGUGAGGUCACAGAUGAGUCUUUGCUCAAAGCAUUUGCUCGUUAUCCAUCAGUUCAAAAAGCACGUGUGAUUCGGGAGAAGCGAACCCAGAAGAGCAAGGGAUUCGGAUUCAUCAGCUUUAGCGACGGUGAUGAUUAUUUCAAGGCCGGGCGGGAGAUGCAAGGCAAAUAUAUUGGAUCGCACCCCGUCUUGUUGCGCCGAGCUACUACAGAGGUCCGCCCGGCUGCAGGUGGCAAGGAUGGAAAGAAGAAUGGCGGUAAGAAGGGAGGCCAGCCCGGUGGCAAGGUCAAGCAUGAUGGUGUCAAAAAGUUGGGGAAGACCAAGGGAGGCUUGAAGAUUCUGGGAUAA